AUGGCUUUGAAGUCUGUAAAAUCAAUCGAGAAUGCCCUCAACCUCGUGGAGACGAAGAAAGAAAAUUUGAGAAAGGCAUUUCAAGAUUUGCAGUCGCAUUCCUCUAUGCUCUCCUCGUUCAAUCUCACAUGGCCCGAUCUCGAUUCCUAUUUUACGUCUCUCCAGUCCGAACUCCUCCAGAAAUUCUCGACCCUUCAAGCCCUCGAAUCUUCCCAAACUCGCAAACCUAAACCCGCAAGACGAGUAGUCCCUUUCUCAUCCGAACCGGUUCCUGCCCGGCCCGAGCUCAGGUCUCUCUGCGAAAACAUGGACGCCUUGGGUCUAUGUAGGUACAUAAUUGAGCGUCCCAAGGAAAGGACCGCCAUUAGGGUCGAGCUGGUGGAUGCGUUGAAGCACGCGCCCGACCCGGCUUCCUUGGUUCUGGAUGCAUUGGAGGGAUUUUGGGACAGAAAGGAGGGGUCUUGGUCUAAGUCAAGGACGGCUUGUACGGUGUUGCUGGAAGAGAUGUUGAGGGCUGGGUUGGAGAUCCCCCCAGAGGUUAGGGCGCGUGCCAAGGCAGUUGCGGCAGAGUGGAAGGCCAAAAUGGGUGCUGUGAAUAGUGCUGUUAAUGGUGGUGAUGGAGAUGAGGAGGGAAAGGAGGAGGAUGGGGGUUUGGGGAGGUUGGGUUAUUUGCAGCUUUUGGCUACUUACAAACUAUUAGAUGAUGAUGGGUAUGAUAAGGAUGAGCUGAUUGAUUACGUUGUCUCGAGCGCUAAGUACCGGCAAGCUCUUGACUUGUGCCGGAUUAUUGGUCUCGAGAGUAAAAUUUCUGAUGUUAUAAUGAGGCUUAUCAGUAAGGGCAAACAAUUUCUAGCUCUCAAGUUCAUAUUUGAGUUUGAACGUGCUGAUGAGUUCCCUCCAGUGCCCUUAUUGAAAGCCCAUGUGAUGGAAUCAAAGCGAAUUGCUCAGAAAGUUCGUAAGAAUGGAAAGAAUACUCGUCAGUCAUUGAAUGAUGCUGGAAUGAAAGAAAUCACUGCACUCAAGGCAGUACUAAGGUGCAUUGAGGAUCAUGGUCUGGAAUCUCAGUACCCUAAAGAUGAGCUGACGACACGUAUCGACAAGUUGGAAAAAGAGAAGGCCUAUAGAAGGAGAACUGCUGCUUUAGCCCCGGCUUCUGUACCCAAACCUCAGCCGAAGGCAAAACAACCCAAGCAAAAUGAGAACAAGCGAAUAAAGGCAGCACAUGGGCCUUCACCAUUUAUAAGGAAAUUUAAUUCAGCAGGUGCCCAAUCACAUAUAUUGUCCAUAAACAGGCCUGGUGUGUUGCCGGACCAUGCUGCUCCUUACGUCAGUGCACCUGCUGGGACCUAUGGUGUGGUUGGGCCCGUUUUGGCUGCUGAUCCUUAUGGGGCCUCCUCGACUAACAUGUAUGGGUUGUCAGGGCCCCCGGUGGCCUUCUCGGGAAAUUCAUCUGCCACCAUUCCUGGUGGUUAUUCUUCUGAGGCACAUUCACAACCUGGUUAUUCACAACCUGGUUAUUAUGAUAAUAGAACGACAACUUACGAUGGGUAUGAUGUGCCAUCUCAAUACCAUACAUUGUACUAUCAUCCACAGUAA